CUGGUAGACAGCGUGAGGACCAUGGAUUUGAAGGUAACAAUAAUCAGCUGCCUGAUGGCAAUAGUCACCGCCCGUCCAAACCACUUACCCACAGCAGGGUACCAAUACCCAACUCCUUUGGUUCCUUUCCCCGAUGCCCCUCUAGUAUCGUCUUCAACACUUGCCCCUACUACAAUUAAUCACCUGAGCUCAGUCCCUUCAGUAAUUUCCUCAACAGUGCCCUCUGCCCAUGGGUAUGAAUACCCGACACCUGUUAAUCCCCUGACCUUCAUCCCUCCUUCUUCUUCAACGGUCCGUCCUACUGUUGGGUAUGAGUACCCAACACCUGUCAAUCACCUGAGCUCUCUGCCGCCAGUACAUUCUACAACAAUUCCCUCCUCCACUGGGUAUGAAUACCCAUCCCCUGUCAAUCAUCUGGGCACCGUCCCUUCGUUACCUUCCUCAACAGUUCACUCUAAUGGGUAUGAAUACCCGGUGCCUGUGAAUCCUUUAACCUUGAUCCCCCCAGUACCUUCUUCAACAGUGCCUUCGUCUACUCACGGUGGGUAUGAAUACCCUACCCCAGGAAUACCCUUCACCCUUGGGUCUCCUUCGUCCGUCCCAGGGACGUUUGACGUCAGGGGAGUAGCGCCUGUCGUUUUCUAAGUCCCUGCAUAGAAAAGGAUCCAUCUCCAUAGAAACUUGAAGGAGUUUUUAAAGUUGUCGAGAACCAGAAGAAACUAUCAAGGCCCCAGGAAUUGUCUUGGGCACCUCACCAACGCUACAGGCAUCCCCAGUGUAUGGACAUUGAAGGUGAAAAAAAAAAAAAAAAAAAAAAAAAACAAGCCACUCUCUCACACAAACAUCAACUCUGUGGUUUCAGCUAGUGUCAGUCAGUUAUGAAAGUGUUCUUAAAAGGAAAGCAACUGUAAGCAGACAGCGAAUAAAUAACACAAUUAAAAAUGCAUUCAUUGUUUUUAUGAGGUCUCCCAACAGCAACUGACCGCAAGAACUCAAGUUCUGCGUUUGUUCAUAACCUGCGGGACUAUCUUCUUGCUCAGAGCAUCUUCAGCUAUAUCCUGCAUCUACCAGCUUCUCAUUAGAGCAGUAGCCCGUGCUGAGACGUGUGCAAAUUCAUCAAGCAACAACAACUCGUUUUACUACACUUUGAAAUUUCAUCUAUUAAUUACUUCUUGAGCCACAUCGCGGACUAUGUCCACUGAAGCCUUCAGUAUACCAUACACUUAAUGCACAUUAUCUUAGUCAUAGAAUCUUUUUAUUUUUUUUGUAUUUUUAUUCUUAUAAUUAUCAUCAGGAGAGAAAUGGUUACUUUACAUACAAGAAAAUGAAUAGAUUUCUGUAGCAGAUUUUUAUCCUUUAAUUUUUAUGAUUAUCAUCAGGAGAAAAAUGGUUAACUUGCAAGACAAGGAAAUAAAUAGAUCUCUGUACUCUGUAGCAGAUUUACAUUAAGCAGGAUAAUAAUUCUUUGUAUCAGAAAUCCAAACGAUACAAAAAAACAUGCCAUAUGCCCAACAUUCAAAUAUACACAUAACAUGCAUUCAAAUAUACAAAGCGUAUUUUCUUUCCAUGGUUAUCAUGUGACCCACAGUCGAUUUUAUGCAAGAUACCUAGACUUUCCUCUUAUGUAAGAUGUUGCACUUUGAUAUUUAGUAAUAAAAAUGUAUAACAAAAUUUA